UCUUUCUCUCGUUUGCUUUAGGUUCCGCAGCACCAAAAAGAUGUUUUUUUAUUUUUUUUUUAAGAUGGUGGUUGUGAACCCCACACUUCGUGUUUCAUCAUCAUUUCAAGCUUCUUAUCUGAAGAGCCUGCGAUUAGAGGGAGGACAGAAGAGGCUGCGAUUGUAGGUCGAUCUGCUGCCAUAUCUGUUGUGCGUCGAAACCAUUGAUGAGGAUGAAGGUUUGCUAUGAGACGCGGUAGGGCUUUUUUCCUCCGAUUGCAUCGUCUCAUUCAUCUAUCUCUGCUCCGAAGCUGCUCCGUUGCAAUGGUGAUGUGCGUAUAAACUGGACCCUUGUUACUGCCAAAGGAACCACACUGAAAAGUGGAAGAGAUAGAUUAAAGUUCAUGAUCCUGGAAAUGUGGAGUUGAAGGGUGAUGAACACUUUGAACAUGGAAGUACAGUUCAAGGUUCACAAUCCACAGUGAUUGGUUCCCUUGAAAGUCAGAUGCUACUCUCAUUUGUUUUUUAAUUCCUUGAAGAUAAAUCAUCAAUGAAUGAUGUUCUUUGAGAUGAUAGGGAUGUGCCUAUAAUCGUCAUAUUUCAUGAGAACCUCAGGAACUUUCGGUAGCAGGCACAGCCGUGUCCCAUCAGUAUCAUCAUCAUCUGUAUCUUCUUCACUGCCAUGGAUAUCUCCCCUUAAAUUAGCAAAACCUCUAGAACCUAAACUAGACCCUCCUCCUGAAACCAGUGGCACUCCCCCCGAAUCUCGGAAGAAACACAAAUAUAUAUCUCAUGAAUCUGCCAUCAACUUGAUCAAACGAGAAAAAGACCCACAACAUGCCUUGAAAAUAUUUAAUAUGGUAUCAGAACAAAAGGGAUUUAAUCACAACAGUGCUACAUAUGGAAUAAUACUCGAAAAGCUUGCUCAGUCAAAGAAGUUCCAGGCUGUUGACCGGGUUCUGCAUCAAAUGACCUAUGAAACUUGCAAGUUUCAUGAGGGUAUAUUCAUUAACCUCAUGAAGCAUCUUUCAAAAUCCUCCUUACAUGAAAAAGUGCUUCAGAUAUUUUUCUCCAUUCAGCCAAUCGUUCGGGAAAAGCCCUCGCCCAAAGCCAUUAGCACUUGCCUCAAUCUCCUGGUUGAUUCGAAUCAGGUUGAUUUGGCACGGCAAUUGCUUUUGCAUGCCAAGAGGAGUCUUACACAUAGGCCGAAUGUCUGCAUAUUUAACAUCUUAGUGAAGUACCACUGCAAAAAUGGGGAUCUUGACUCUGCAUUUGAAGUUGUAGAAGAAAUGAAGAACUCCAAGUCAUCCUAUCCCAAUUUAAUUACAUACUCAACCCUAAUGGAUGGCCUAUGCCAAAAUGAAAGGCUUAAAGAAGCUUUUGAGCUUUUUGAGGAAAUGGUCUCAAAGGAUCAGAUUGUACCUGAUCCCUUGACUUAUAAUGUUUUGAUCAACGGAUUUUGCCGUGGAGGUAAACCUGAUCGUGCUAGAAAUAUAAUCGAAUUCAUGAAAAGCAACGGAUGCCAUCCUAACAUUUAUAAUUACUCAGCCCUGGUGAAUGGAUUAUGUAAAGUAGGGAAACUGCAAGAGGCAAAAGGGGUUUUGGAUGAGAUGAAGAGCUCAGGCUUGAAACCGGAUGCAGUUAGCUACACUGCCUUGAUUAAUUUCUGUUGUAGGAACAAGCGAAUUGACGAGGCUCUAGAGUUGCUUGAAGAAAUGAAGGAAAAUUCAUGCCGGGCUGAUACUGUUACAUUCAACGUAAUACUUGGAGGCCUGUGCAGAGAAGAAAGAUACAAGGAGGCUUUGGAUAUGCUCGAGAGACUUCCGCUCGAGGGCAUCUAUAUGAACAAAGGUAGUUACAGGAUUGUGCUGAAUUGUUUAACCCAAAGAGGUGAGUUGAAGAAGGCAAAGGAAUUAUUAGAUCUAAUGCUUGGUAGGGGGUUUGUACCCCAUUAUGCUACCUCAAAUGAAUUAUUGGUUCAACUUUGUAAGGCUGGGAUGGUUAAUGAUGCUGCUAUGGCACUCUUUGCCUUAGUGGAGAUGGGAUUCCAGCCAGGAUCUGAUUCCUGGGGGCAUUUGAUUGACCAAAUUUGCAAAGACAGAAAACUGUUGUAUGUUUUUGAGCUGCUUGAUGAGCUUGUGAUAUCAAAUUCAUGAUACUUAUAAUUUA